CAGAUAUCUGUGAAGCCGCUUUCGGGCGAGGCAAAAGAUUCAUCAUACUUCUCACCAAAGUCAUUUCGACAUCACCUUGGCGACUUAGCCUGAUUCACUUCGAAGCUCGCGCAGUUGACUCACAGACCACAGCAAACUCUGAACCGUGAGAGACGCAAGAACGAGAGCAGCAACUCAAAUAAAUUUCUACAGCUCCUCGCAGAUCAUCAUCGUCACUAAGACCUCGGUACCAACAUACAAUUCUGUAUACCGCUACAGCAAUGGACGAAGUAUCAAGCGAUACCGAUAUCAGCAUAACAUCAGUUCGCUCAUCCUUCCUCUCACCCUCAAAUCUGCCUUCUCCUCCGCCCACCUUUCUCACCGUCUAUCAAGUCAGCCUCGUAUCAGCCUAUAAAUCUUGCGGCGACCGCAUCAACAGUCUUAUGAACACUGUCGUCGACCUCGAGAUCAGCGUGCGACGCGAGCGCGAUGAACCGAGCCUCCGAUACCUUGUGGAAGAGCUGGAAAAGGCGCAAGAGGAAUUGGUACUGUACAGAGACGUAAAGCGAAAAAAGGAGAGAGAAAUCAAAGAAGAGGAGAAGAAAUUGAAGUUGAUUGCGGGGACUGGGUCGAUCGUAGCGAAGAGGCAGUUGAACAACGUGGGAAUGCAUAUGAGUAAGGAGAGAACAGUGCUCUGUCUGCGUCGAUAGUGUAGCUGGCCGAAACAUGCUUGCUGUGGAUCGCAACACGAAGCGUAUUGUGCUUAGUUCAAUUGGACCUUGAGCUGCUUUAAGAACCACGAGUUGCGGCAGAUAUAAUAAAAAGACACGAGUGAAUUGCAAACACAGCUCGUUAUGGACUUCAUCAACGCACCAUUGUUCAUAAGA